AUGGCUACUCCAUCAUCAGAUGCCCCAUUCCUCCUUGUUGGCGGCACUGGCACCGUCGGCAGCCGUCUUGCCUCCAUUCUCCAAUCGACGGGAAACAAGGUCCUCAUUGCCUCCCGCUCCGACACCUCCUCUCCCAACAAUAACCAUGUCAAAUUCGACUGGUUCGACGACUCGACGUACUCCAAUGCGUUUUCCCAUCCUCUAGCCGUAUCCUCGGGUGGGCUACGAGGUGUGUACCUGAUUGCGCCGCCGUCCCUGGACAUGGUCGCGGCUAUGAAGUCGUUUAUAGAUCUCUUGAGAUCGAAGGGCGUGCGUCGAUUCGUACUGCUGAGCGCUACGAGCAUCGCAAAAGGCGACCCUAUUCUCACGGGUCUGAUUCAUGAGUAUUUGUAUCAGCUUGGGGAGGCUGGUGAAGUGGAGUGGGCUGUUUCGAGGCCGACUUGGUUCAUGGACAACUUUGUAUCUCAUAAAGCCCGCUUCGAGUCCACGCCCGAAGGCACCUUUGUCUACUCGGCCACUGGACAAGGGCGCAUCCCAUUCGUGGCCGCCGACGACAUCGCAGCAAGCGCCGCGCAGCUCCUCACGGCAGCAGAGCCGCCCAACAAUGACUUUUUGAUUCUCGGUCCAGAGUCAAUUACUUACGGCGACGUGGCUUCGAUUCUUUCCGACGUUCUCCAGAAGCCUGUGGUUCACAAAGACCUCUCGGUCGAGGAGAUGCAGCUUCGGUUCCAGGAAUUUGACAUUCGGGAGGAGUACGCCGCCGUCCUCAGUGCCAUGGAGACGGCGAUCAAGAAUGGCUCGGAGGAUAGAACGAAUGACGCCGUGCUUACUUUAACGGGGAGACCGCCAAAGACGUUUAGGGAGUGGGCGGAGGAAAACAAGUCUGCGUUGGGAGCCUGA